UUCUCUUCGCUCAUUGGAGACGGCGACAAAAAAAAAAAAAAAAAAGAAGACGAAGAAAAGAAAUGGAGUCAGAUUACGGCGUUCAUCGUGAGCUCUCAGAUCUCCAGAAGCAGCGAGCUCUCUACCAACCUGAGCUCCCUCCAUGCCUUCAGGGAACAACUGUGAGGGUAGAAUUUGGUGACGGAACAACUGCUGCAGAUCCAUCUGGUGCACAUGUGAUCAGUCAUGCAUAUCCACACACAUAUGGACAGCCAUUGGCACAUUUUUUGAGGGCCACGGCCAAGGUUCCCGAUGCCCAGAUCAUAACCGAGCAUCCAGUUGUAAAGGUAGGAGUCGUAUUUUCUGGGAGGCAGUCUCCGGGAGGCCACAAUGUCAUCUGGGGACUCUUUGAUGCUAUCAAAGCCCACAAUCCUAAAAGCACUUUACUUGGAUUCAUUGGUGGAACUGAAGGUUUAUUUGCACAAAAAACUCUGGAAAUCACUGACGAUAUUAUUUCUACAUAUAAAAACCAAGGUGGAUAUGAUUUACUCGGCCGUACAAAAGAUCAGAUCAGGACAACUGAGCAGGUGAAUGCUGCAAUGACCACAUGCCAAACUUUGAAGUUGGAUGCUCUUGUCAUUAUUGGAGGUGUUACAUCCAACACGGAUGCCGCUCAGCUUGCGGAGACAUUUGCAGUAUCAAAUUGCUCAACAAAGGUGGUUGGUGUUCCUGUUACUUUGAAUGGGGACCUUAAGAAUCAGUUUGUCGAAGCAAAUGUUGGGUUUGAUACAAUAUGCAAGGUUAACUCACAGCUCAUUAGCAACGUCUGUACAGAUGCUCUCUCUGCAGAAAAGUAUUAUUAUUUUAUUCGCCUGAUGGGGCGCAAGGCAUCUCAUGUGGCUUUGGAAUGUACCCUCCAAUCACAUCCAAAUAUGGUUAUCCUGGGCGAGGAAGUUGCUGCUUCCAAACUUACCAUUUUUGAUAUUACAAAACAAAUCUGCGAUGCAGUCCAAGCAAGGGCUGAACAAGACAAAAAUUUCGGAGUAAUCCUUAUCCCUGAGGGCCUUGUGGAAAGUAUCCCAGAGUUGUAUGCUCUUCUCCAGGAAAUUCAUGGUCUCCAUAGUAAAGGCAUAUCUACUGAAAACAUCUCCUCACAUCUAUCACCUUGGGCAUCUGCAUUGUUUGAAUUUUUGCCACCAUUUAUCAGGAAACAGCUGCUGCUUCAUCCAGAAUCUGAUGACUCCGCUCAGUUGUCUCAGAUUGAGACAGAGAAACUCCUAGCCCAGUUGGUGGAGACUGAGAUAAACAAACGUUUGAAAGCAGGCACAUAUAAGGGAAAGAAAUUCAAUGCCAUCUGCCACUUCUUCGGUUAUCAGGCCAGGGGUUCUCUACCAUCAAAAUUCGAUUGUGAUUAUGCCUAUGUUCUUGGACAUAUUUGUUACCAUAUACUUGCAGCUGGUUUAAACGGCUACAUGGCUACGGUUACAAACCUGAAAAAUCCUGUGAACAAAUGGAAAUGUGGUGCUGCACCGAUCACAGCAAUGAUGACUGUAAAGCGAUGGUCUCGAGGACCAGGAGCUACCCCAAUUGGAAAACCUGCUGUCCAUCCUGCUACUGUUGACUUGAAAGGAAAAGCAUAUCAGUUGUUGAGAGAAAAUGGUAUGAGUUUCUUGUUGGAGGACAUGUACAGAAAUCCUGGACCACUUCAAUUUGAAGGACCGGGAGCUGAUGCUAAGGCUAUUACACUGUGCGUUGAAGAUCAAGACUACAUGGGCCGCAUGAAGUUGCUCCAGGAGUAUAUUGAUAAGGUAAAGAGCAUAGUGAAGCCUGGAUGUUCUCAGGAGGUUCUAAAGGCGGCUUUAAGUGCCAUGGCUUCAUUCACCGAAGUGCUCUCUGUCAUGUCCUCUCCUUCAUAUACUGGUCAAGCACAUCUCUGAGCCUUUCAAUUAAACAACCUUCAACUGGGAGACUCUAGCUACAUCCUCAUUACUCGUUUAUAUAAAACGGGCUUUUAUAUUCGGGAACUAAGAGCAUUUUAUCAUUUCAAAACCUUCCAUUUUUCAUUAAUUUUUUUUAUGACAGUGAGGUUCUGUUAUGAUGAUGAGUGUAUUGAUGUAUUUGAACUGGAAUAAUGAUAUAAACAUUCUUAUUUAUGAUAUGAAUAACUUGAACGAUAUCUCGA